AUGGAAGGAAUAGUGAACGAUGGGUCUGUUAACAUAAACAGCAACCAUGAAAAACCCACUUUAAUAUCUGUUCCUGGAAGCAUAAGUAAAUUUAUGAAAUCCGAUAGUCCUUCUAGAUAUGAAACGUUUGAACCGUUAAGUUUUGCAACGAACUAUGUUUCAAUAUUUGCAGAACCAUUGGAAAAGAAUAAUAACGACAAGAUAUGUUUGGAGAAUGAAAAACUAUUGAAAUGUUAUUACGAAUACAGGAGCGCUUUCUCAAACAUAAUGAACCAUACAGUCAAUAGUGCAACUAAUAGUUAUACUAACUUGAGCUCAAUGAAUGACAUACAAUUUAAUCCAGAUCAGCAUAGACACGGCUCAAUUACAAGUUCUAUUGAGACAUCUAUCCUACAAAAUGAAAGGCAAAGUAUAUAUAAAGUAUUAAAUGAUUUCCUCAUUCAUAAAGAGCAUAAGCUAAACCCGUCCAUAUUGCAAAAAAUCAUGAAGAUGGACAGAAGUCAAUUCUAUCGUGAUUCACCAUUUCGACCACACUUCGAUAAUAAUGAUAAUAAAUCAGAUAAGAACAUGGAGAACCUUAACAAUGAAGCUGGUGACAACAACGAUACUUAUUUCAACUCUACUAAACCAUAUCUGCUGUAUUAUAAAAAACCGUUGAGUGUCAAAUUUAGAGAUUCGGAGGUUAUACAUAGGCACAAUCUCUGGAUGCCUGUUGUAAAGCGGAAAUAUCAUUACAUAUUGAAACCUGAAAAACUGCAACAAACUUUAGAUUAUAGAGAACCUAGCGAAGAAGCAGCAGCUAUCUACCGAGACUACUUCACUUCAAAGGCUUGUCCUUUAUUCAUAAAAGGAUUGGACUUUGUACCGAAGAAUUACGAUACAUACUCUGGUACUUCUAUUGUACCAUCGAUUUUUGCUGACUAUAAAAUGCCGGGCCUAGUGUACCAUUGUUCAGUACACUUGAAUAAUAACAUAUAUAUUAUUGGUGGUUUAACAGCAUGCUAUAGGUUUGAUGAAGAAGCUCCGGACCUUUCUGACUUCUAUGUUGAUCCCAUCAAAAACCUCCCUCCUCCUCUAUUAUCCAAACUAAUCAACAAUCCAAGUCUGAUAUCGAAUCCAUUUCUAUAUGUAUAUUCGACAUUGCAAAGUAGGUUCGGUAAGCCAGAUUUUUCCGGUAAUGCCCCACCUCCUUUAAUUUGUGCAAAAGGAUCGAUUAUAAAUGAUAGGUAUAUUUUUUACUAUGGUGGUUUUGAGAUUAAGACAGAAACGAAGAAGGAUGAAAAUGGCAAGUAUUACUUGAAGAAAAGAGCGUUCGUUAACAAUUUGGGGUAUAUCUUAGACACAGAGACAUUAAAGUUUUCAAAAGUUGAAGUCAUCAACCCAGGACAAGGAUCUGAGAGGAAUAACAAAUUUUAUCCCAGAUUUGGCCAUAUUCAAUUGUCUGCAAAUAUCGACCUGACUAACAAUUCUGUCACAUCGAGUUCAGAGAAUGUUUCAGUACUUUCUUCUAGACGCACCUCUUCGCAUCAAUUGUACUACGGAAGUCAUCACCACUACAAGACCAAUCAUGGCAACGGUCAAAACAAUAUCCGGCAACCUGAAGAAUUAUCUUCUAUUGCGAAAAAGAUGCCUCACAGUCUGGGUUCCGACUCAAAAGUUACUAACGACUCAGAGACAAAGAUACAUAACAAGACCAAUUUGUCUCCAUACAAGUCAAUACAUUCUAUAUUUGUGUUCGGUGGCUACACACAGACUGAGGACGACCAGUACAAGGCUCUUGACGAUAUGUGGCGUAUAGAUCUCCCGGUGGAGAUUAGAGGUAAAAGAGGAUUCAUCAAAUUUGCCUCAAAGGCUGAGCUCAUCAAUCUGCCAAAGAAAGAAGUCUGGCCAUCUGCUCGAGCAUUUUCAGCUUUCACCAUAUCUGAAGUGUUCCCCCCUAUAAAAGAGUCCCUAGAGUCGAAUUUAUUGAAGCGCUUAGAAGAGCAAUACUCUAUUGAUACAAAGAAUCUAACAGGCAACACAUCCAACUUGUUUGGCACCACAGUUGGUGUUAAAUCGGACCUUGGAGAAGCAUACCACGAUCUGGGACCCAGUAUACAUAGUCAAUUUAGCAGUCACAUUAGCUUAAACAGCCUGAACAAGCCUAGUCAGCAAGGUUCGGCCGUUAAUCUCGGUGCUCCCACAGAACACAGCAAUGUAAUUUCUAACUCGAUGACGGCAUUUGAGACCCGGAUGCAGAUUCUGUACAACAGUAAAGGCAUUAACAUAAUCAUGCAUGGUGGAUCUGACCACGAUGAGAUAUACGGUGAUCUUUGGAUGUUUGAUAUCAAGAACGAGGUGUGGUCAAGAUCGAAUCUCUUUGCUAAGGAGAUCAAGGACAAGCCCCGCCAUGAAUGCCAAGGUGACAUCAGCUUGGCAGCGCCAGACGAGCCCCGUACGAUUGUUGAGGAAGUACCCGUUGACUUGAAGCUGACUGGGCACGACAUGGCCUAUGAGGGCCACAUGCUUGUGCUUCUCGGUGGUAUCACGCAGACGGAUCUGCCAUCUAUGUACCACGACGGGCCUAUCGACGCAGACAGUGAGCCACGCCCGCUGCUGGGACAAAACACCGUCAACAUCUUCGACAUGGAGACAAGCACCCUGCAGGGCUACAAGAUCAGAAAGAACGCCCAGGGCCACUACGAGUACAUUUACGAGCAGGACAAGCCCAAGAAAUCACACUCAGUGAUGACCACCGCGGGCGCUACUGUCCACAUAAAUGGCAGUCUCUUCGUGGUGGGCGGAAUCCUCGCACUGCGCUCCAACCUGAAGGACUUAAAACUACGUGCCACUGUCCUCCAGUUCGUAAUACCACCUAUAAGUCUGUCUUACUAG